AUGGCGCAAAAUUUUCUGUACAUGUUCGAGUUUGUGGUCGAUGAUCUGUUGAUAACUCGACCGAAUCAUUGCGCCCCAGAGGAGUACCCCACUUGCUGUGAAAUUUCCUUUCGGUCUAGCGUUUUUGUCUCGAUUUGUGAUCGCGAAUUCGGGCAAUGCGUGGAUAUGUGCGCGCCAAAAUGCGGAAAACUAUGUAUAUUCUCACUGGAGUCGCCAGUAACCGAUAAAGACCGACUGCUUAUUCACAUCUACAAAAAAAAGAUCGAUAAAUGUAAAUUCCUUGUCGGUGCUACAGACAUUCCCAUCAAGCCACUUUUCGAUAAGGUAACAGAAAGCUUCAAUAUUGAAAAUCCCAACUGGAUGGAGCAAUUGGCCAAACACACGGCCCGCUUGCCUGAUCCGAAAACUCCAUCUAAAACCACAGUCGUCGAUAAUGAUUGCGACGAUGAAACUUUAGGACGUCGUGAACAGAUGUGUCCGUCAUCAGAGAUUACCAAGCGCUUGCUACCUCUGUUCAAUAUGAAGCACAUGCAAACCGGCAAUUUGGUGCUUAUAAUGCGGCUGGUUUGCAAUGGGCCAACGAUUGUGAAUAGUUUCCCGUUCUCAAGCAUUUGCUCAACGGGUUGCGGUAAGAAAUCGACGCCAUGCCCUCCUAUAUGUCCGCCAGCAGCAGCGCCACAGCCACAAGGUGUGUGUCCGAUGCCGGAUCCUUGCCAAAAGCCCGACAAUAAACCGCCUAUAUGUCGCCGGUAUUUUGCAUGCAAUGCAGACAAGGGUUGUCCUUGCGAAGAGUGCGAAGACGAUUGCGAUAGAGAGUGCCCUGUUGGUUGUAAGAAAAAGAAAAAGAGGGCUCCGCAAAACAAUUGCUGCCCACCGCCACCGCCUCGGUGCUGUCCGCAACCCGAUCCAUGCCAAAAUAAAGAACAGCGCACAGAUAUGUGUCAACGAUAUUUCUCCAACGAACCCAAGGGCUGCGCCUGCGAAGAAUGCAUGGAUGAAUGUGAAGCGGGAAGCAGCGAUGAGGAAUCUGAUCCAUGCCACCAAUGUGGCCCACCGCAGAUUAUGCCUCCUUGUUUUGUGACGCCUACAAAACCUGAGCCGGGCCCCGAAGCCUACGAAGAGUUUGAGGCUUGCCUAAAUGGUAGUGGACUUGUAAUACGCGUACUAAAGAACACGCAUCAAGUGGAAAGCGUUGACGAUGGUAUGCAGCACGGUGAUAACGAGAGUGGAAGUGAUUGUGAGAAGAAGAAUUCCAAAGAAAACAACAGCAACAAUCGGUGUGAAACCAUAAAUGAGAUUUUGCAACGCAGUAAUUUCGCGAAAAAUCAUGUCAAACGCCGGACAAACGGUAACAUUAUCAAUGGCCCGAGGUUGCCGAAAAUCCGAGCCAACAUUAAAUAUUCCGGGAAUGAUACGUGCGAACUUGAAAAUUAUUGUUUGCCCUUCAACAAAAUCAAGUCAAUUUGCAACGCAGAUCAAAAACUAGAACUCUACCGACGCAAAGGUUCCUGUGGUGACGACGGUUGUGGUCCGAUUGGGCCACCAUUACCUGUUCAGAAUAUGCGAAACUGUUGCUUACAAGUAAAUCCUCAAGAAAUUAAGGACACUUUGAAGGGCAUUAAUGAGGAUACUAGAAAAAAGGGCAUCGAGGUUUGCUACAAAACUUGCGAGGACACCGAAAGCGAUGUUUUCCUAGUGAAAUUAGGCAGUAAACAGCAUUACCGCCGAAAGCAAAAUAGCAUCGAAAUCGAACUGAAGACACCCAAACAACCGAUUAUAUUGCCGAAACAGAAAAUGACCACUGAAACACAAAUUACCGAUAAAGAGCUGGACGAAGCGCUAGCUGCCCUUUGCGGUGGCAAGAAAAAGGGAAAGAAAGGAAAAAAGGGAAAGAAGAAAUAAUCAACAAAUUUAAUAGAUAUUUCGCGCUAAAAUCAAAAUGUAUUUAAAUUGAAUUUUUUAUAUUCUGUUUAAAUCAAUAAUUAUCAUACUUAACAACAAAACACAAAAAAAAGGCCAAAUCGGCAUUCUUGUCUAAGCAAAAUUAAUAACUUGGCGUUGAAAUAACUCAGUUCAUGUAAUAGUAGAUGUUUUAUAUUUUAACAGCAUUCCUU